UGAUUUUCAUCCAACAUCGUCCUGCACACAGCCCAGCAGAAACAACACAAGAGGACAAGUGGAAAUCUGAGUUUUUACCCAAACUUCUUUCUAUUUAGAGGAAACAAACACAUUUCAAAAGCUGACAGAAGCUGCAACAAAGAAAGCACCUUUUAGCACAAAGUCCUGUGGUGGUGGUUCAUCUGGGUAGAUCUGUGGGACAGCUGACCUCCAACCUGAACACCAGCCUGAAGCUGUUCGCUGCUACUGACAGAAAAACACUUCAGCCUGAGGAGCAGGAUGUCUGAGCUUCCCGUUAUUUCCCGCAUGUCCUUCCUGCUGCUUUGCAUUCUGGGUAUGACCUUGGUGACAUCUGGCUUCCCUCAGCCUCGACUACCUGUCAGAAGUCCUGAUGAUUCAGAGGAAGCUAAACGGGACGACUGGGAUGUCCUCUUCCCUUCUAUCUCGCUCCGUGACUGGAGCAUCCACAUGAUGCCAGCACCCAGCCUCAGAGCAGCAGCCAAUAGUAAGCUGCUGAGGGAGGCGUGGCUCUUCGACCCGGAGAGGGCCAAGGGCAGUGUGGACGGGCUGUGGCCGUCUGAGUGGUCGUCUGAGGGAGCCGGUCUGAUGAAGAGGAACAUGGUGGUGGCUGAUGAUGCCGCCUUCAGAGAGAAAAGUAAACUCCUCACCUCCAUGGAGAGACAGAAGUGGCUCAACUCCUACAUGCAGAAACUCCUGGUGGUUAAUUCUUCGUGAUAAUUCAGUUGUUAUAACGUUUUCCAUCGGUUCUGACCAGCUCUCUAAACCCUGCUGGAAAAAAAAAAGAUCUGAGGGGGUUUUCAGCUGGUCAACAGUAAAACAGAAGAUAGUUUAGGCAUUAAAAGUUACUGACUGUAUUUCUAUUUCCUGUACAGUUUUAUUCCUUCACUGUUCAAAACUGUAAAUAAGUUACUGAUUUCCCAUCAGAUGGUUAGAAGAACGACAGAUUUUUGUUGAAAUCUGACGUGAGCUUGUUAAGUCCUACUGAAAUCAUUUGGUGACAUUUAUUUUGAUGAAUUAAUAAAGAUGCAAAUGAUGUUUUUGA